CCAAAGCGAGGCAAAAGAGCAUACGGGGCUUUCUUUGACGUUCUGGAGGAGACUUUUCAGCACAACCUCUCAGACAUUCUCUAUCCAGGGGGCAAGAAAGAUUUAUUUGAAAACAGGAAGUCUGAAAGGUUUCCUUUCAUAAAGAGUGCGUCGGCGACAGUGGAACCAAACAGAGAAAUUGUGAAACCCCCGCUGAUGCGGAGUAUGUCAGCAGAAGUUAGGCGAGAACCCGUGGAAUCGAUCAGCGAGUUUCAGGAACAGUCCUUUACGUGUGAGCUACCCCUGGAGGAAAAAGAUUUCCAGAACUUAUCCAUUGUAGACGAAGAGUUCAUCUUACCAGAGAAAUGGCCUUCAGAAACGGAGCAUGCCCAGUCAUUAAAUUUCAAAGUCCACAGAUCUCGAAGUUCAUCAGCUCUUUCUAGCCUUAAUGUGUCCCCUAAGUCGGAGGUCUAUCCUAUGGUGAAGAAACCUCGGGGAAGAUUAGUCAUCAUCAACAACUUCAAAUUUGGCAGACAGGAAGUGGACGUAGAGAGAAUGGGGAGAUCCCAACAAGAUGCCACUAGUUUGGAUUUGCUCUUCAAACAACUUCAUUUCCAAACAAAACAACACAGCAAUCUAACAUUAGAGGAACUUUCUGCCGUACUGGAGAAGGAGCGAACAUGUGACCACGCCUCAGUUGAGUGUUACGUAAUGGUCGUUAUGUCACGUGGUGACGGAGACCACAUCUAUGGUGUGAAUGGUUAUAAGAUAUGUAUAGACACCAUCAUUUCAAUGUUUGACGAUGAACAUUGCAGCAGUCUAAGAGGAAUUCCGAAGAUAUUUAUUUUCCAAGCAUGUGAUGAUGCAAAAUCCAAAUCAGUGGAUGAAAUAAAAACGGCUACCGAAAACCUGACAUCUAUGGUAUCUUCUUCAACGACGUCUGACCAAGCUGUGAACAUGAGGGCCGACAUGUUCGUUGUUAGGGCAACGCAAGAUGUGGCAGUGGAUUAUCAUGGCGUGUUUGGCUCCAGAUUUAUACAGUCUUUUGUAUAUCUCAUGCGCAACUUAGCAUUCAAAGAAGACUUCGAAGAAAUUAUUAAAAAGAUAAAUCUUCUGAAUUCGGUCAGUGAGCCAGAGAUAGUGGAAUAUGCCAGUUCAUUUUCAAGAAAACUGUUUUUUAAUCCUUGACCAUUUACAAUCUGAGACAGAGGACAUGCUUUAUGUAUUUCAUUGGAGUGAAUGAUUUGGUGUGUUGUGACUUCAAUGAAUUUUACGUCCAUACAGACUACACACAUCACAGUUUUAUACUAAGUGCAAUAUCAUUUUCCUUUUAUUUAUAGGUAUCUCUCAAACGGUAUUGUACAAUUAAAUGAAAUUGUAGCAAAAGAUAUUCAGAAACCCUGUGUAUGCAUUUUAUAUUUUGAAUACAUUCUUUAAAAAGGUUCGGAGAAAAUAUUUAACAGACUCAACAAGCUUAAUUUCUUGCACUGUAUUCACAGCAAAUGCAAAAACACUUUUACAUUUUAAAGGGGGUUGUUGUGGCCAUUUUUAGAUCAUUUUCACCUCCUUUAGAAGAAGAGCUCCAUAUAAAGAUAUACAAAAAUGAUCAAAUUUUAAAACUAAAAUGUAUGAAAUUUUUCUUUGCCAAAUGAUAGUUGACAGCUUCAGAUAUCAUAUCUAAAAAAUUAUGUUACAUCUGGUGGUUAAUUCAUUACCCCCAGCCUUCUUAACAUAUAAUACAGUAAAUGAGAAGAUAUGUGACAUUACAUAGGUAACCAACAAUUAGUAAACCAGUCUCUAUACCACUCAAAUCAAAAGGACACCCACAUAGGCAUGUUUAUCUUAAUGUAAACAUAAUUAAUAACACAGAAAAUGUGUGUAGUAAAGAUGACCUUUCAUACUGACAUAAAAAACGAAAUGUUUUAUCAGCAUCAUCUGCACUGGGUACUAACAUCCCAUGUAUUACAGCUCUGGCAUUGCCUCCUUCACUGGAUGUUUGCUCUAAAGUACAGAUUGCAUUUUGGGGAUGUUGAAGCAAAAUUAUUGUAAAAUGCACAUUUUCCCUUCUGCCAAGGACCAUAUAAAGCAGUAGACAACUUUUGUGUAAAGAAAUCCAUGUAAAUUCCUAAUGGAAACCAUCUUUCUGAAACACAUUUGGAACAGAAUCCAAUACUGCUGAUAAAGAGCCUGCUAC